AAUGCCAGUGUGGGGUUUGGGGGUAGUCGGUGUGUCGGUAGGUCGGUUGGUGUUGCCGAUCCGGUAAGUUGUGCUCGGUGGUUUGGCGGCGGAACUUCGGGAGGACAUUCAUGGAGGAAACGUGAAGUUUAACCGGAGCAGGAGAACUUUUCCCGCGUGUUGGUGUCGCAGCGUGAUGCGCCGGCAUGGAGGAGGCGGAGCACAGCCGCUACGUCUCUCAGCUGAAGGUGGAGUUCGACAGCUGCGACACGACAGCUACCGGCUUCCUGGACCGAGAGGAGCUGACGGCGCUGUGCCGCAAACUGCAGCUGGAGGCUCACCUGCCCCUGCUGCUCAGCACGCUGCUGGGAGAGCAGCACUAUGGACGGGUGAACUUCGAGGAGUUUAAGGAAGGCUUUGUGGCCGUCCUGUCGCGCUCUCUGGACUUCAGCACAUCAGAGGAUGACAGCAGCUACCUGGAGCCAGCUGUUCCAGAGGAGGUGAAACCAAAGUUCGUGAAGGGAAGUAAGCGUUACGGCCGCCGCAGUAAGCCCGACGCUGCGCUUACCUGUGACUCAGAGGAGUCGCCGCCGUCCAGAGCGGAGGCCUCAGACUCAUCACCGAGCGGCGUCCGAAAGGCCAAACUGAGACGAGCGACGUCUCUGGAGAGCGUGGAGAGCCUGAAGUCUGAUGAGGAGACAGGAAGUCAGAAGGAGACACCCUUUCAGUCUAAAGGUCACCAGCAGGGGGAGGAGCCAGGAGGACACGUCUUGACGGUGGUGUGUGAUCACCUGGGUCUGCAGCACCUGCACAGUGAGGAAGUGGACGUGCUGCUCAGGAGGUUGGAUCCCGACCUCGACGGCAGAGUCAGCAUUAGCGAGUUCAAGAAGGUGUUGUGUGGCUCCACCCCCAUCACCUGCUCCACCCCCGUACGAUCAGCUGACCUGCAGAGGGCGCCACACAAGCCUCCGGCAGUGUCGGAGGAGCGCUCGGCUCGCUGCACCUUGCCCUCCCUGCUGACGGCCGCCGCGGGUCAGAGGGUCCUCAGCCGGCUGGACGACGGCUCCGGAUGCACGAGCCCCGAGCGCGUCAUGACCCUGUGGACGGAGGAGGGCAUCAGGAACAGCCGGGACAUCCUGCAGACUCUGGACUUCCCCCUGGAGGAGCGCCUCAGUCUGGCAGACUUGACUCUGGCUCUGGACAACGAGCUGCUGGUCAGCGGGAACGGCAUCCACCAGGCGGCGCUCAUCUCCUACAAGAACGAAAUCCAGCACCUGCAGGAGCUGGCCGAGCAGGCCCGCAGCGAGCGCGACAAGGCGAAGGCCGACCUGGACCUGGCCGACCACAGGAACCUGCAGCUGGUCAGAGAGGUGGACGACCGGCACGCCAGCAUGGAGACGCUCAACCAGAGCAGGAUCAGGGACCUGGAGCAGGACUUCCGUGAUAGGCUGACGGCUCUGCGAUGUGAGACGGAGCAGGAGAGCGAGACGCUGCUGCAGCAGGUGGAGGCGGAGCGUGGUGCCCUGCAGGAGGAGCUGCAGCUGCUCAGAGCGCAGGAGGCGGAGCUACAGGAGGAGCUCCACAGCGCCGUGCAGGAGAACGGUCAUCUGGAGGAGGAGCUGAACGCCGUGAAGAUGGAGCUGAGUAAAGCCGAAGGCUCGGUGAGCCGACUGCAGAGAGACCUCGACCAGCUGCUGCACGACAAGUUUGGCGGUUUGGACCCGUCCGGCGUCGGUCUGAGCCACGAGGAGCGAUUCUCUGAAAUCAUCAAAGAGUACGAACAGCAGUGCCGGGAGCUGCGGGACAGAAACGAUGAGCUGAGCUCAGAGUUGGAGCUGCUGAAGAAUCAGAGGAGAAGCAGGAAGUGCAGACGACGAACGGGAGCCGCCGCCGCGCUGAGCUGGAACCAGCAACGCUCAGAGUCAGACUCCGAUGAGUUAGAUGUGAAGCGCUGCUCGUCUCCGCUGAUCAGGAAGAAACUGGAGCCGGCUAAUAAAGCAGCUCUCUGCUCACUGGACGACGACCCCGGCCCGGCCGUCAGCAUCCAGACCGAGCUGGCCCUGGAGCAGCUGAAGCAGAAGCACAACGAGGAGCUGCAGCAGCUGAACAUCCGGCUGGAGACGCAGAUGAACUACUACGAGCGCAGCCUGGAGAAGAUGAGGGAGAGCAUGGAGGUGGAGCGUAAAGACAUCUCUCAGGCCUUCAAGCUGGAGAUCAGUGAGCUGGAGGAGCAGAAGUCUGAGGCGGAGCAGCGGGUGAAGCAGCUGAAGGAGACCGUGGACAAGCUGCAGACUCAGAUCCAACAGGGAGGAGGAGGAGGGCGGAGCAGCGAGCAGGAGCGCAGGAUGCAGCGGGAGCGCGCCGAGCUUGAGCAGAACUUUGCCAGAGAGAUCAGUAACCUGGUGCAGAGGCUGAGCGCCGAGAAGGAGCAGCUGGAGGCAGAGCUGAAGCUGAAGAUGGACCAGGAGGUGAUGCUGGUCAGGGAGGAGUCAGAGCAGCAGCUCGCUCAGAUGAAGCUGCAGCACGGUGAGGCUCAGCGCCGCCUCCUGCACCAGCUCCAUCAGGAGCGCCGGCGGCUGCAGGAGCAGAGAGGGUUCUGGGAGAGGAGACUGGUGCAGUCGGAGCAGGAGAAACUGUGCAGCGAGCAGAUGGCCCGAGAAGAGAAGAGGAGGAUGGAGGAGCAGCGGCAGGAGGAGGUCCGACUCCUAAAGGAGCAGAUCUCCAGUCUGCAGGGUGUCGUGCAGACAUCCAGCCAAUUGGAGGCCAGUUUGAAGGAGGAUCUCGAAGCAUCUCGUGGGCGGAGCAGUGAGCUGGAGGCUCGGCUGGAGGAGGCCUGCGUUCAGCUCGAGGACAGCAUCGCCUUCUUGGAGUCUCACGAGCUUGUGAAUAAACGUCUGGCCUCGGAGAAGAACUCGGUGGAGGAAGAGCUGCGGUUGGCGAAGAGCAGGGAGGAGGAGCUCGUGGUUCAAGUGUCCCACAUGAAGGCAGAGCUGGAAGAGCUGCAGGCCACGUCCGAUAGCCUCCUCCAGGACCGAGAGGAGGUGGCAGGAAACUGCAGUCGCCUCUCCAGCGCCGUCGCCCAGCAACAGGCUCAACUCCAAGCCCGAGAGCACGCGGUCAGCUCCCUGAGGGCGGAAGUGGAGAACCUGCAGGAGGUGCUCAGGCUCAAAGCAGAGUCUGUUUCUAAACUCAUGGCUGAACUAGACUCAUUAAAGACAGAUCGCGCCCGGCUGAUCCAGGACCUGAAGGAGCAGGCCAUGGCUGUGGACAACCUGCAGCUGCAGCUGGAUGGUGUCUCAGAGGAGUUGGACAGGAGGAGGAGCAGUGAGGAGUGCCUGCAAGAGGCUCUGAAACAGGAGCAGGCCAGGACCUCGCAGCUCCGGUCCAGUCUGGCUGAGGAGGAGGAGGAAGUCUGCCGUCUGAGCCAGGAGAAUGGGACCUACAUCCGGCUCACUGACCAGCUCUCCACCCAGAUAGUCGAGAUGGAGGAGGAGAUCUCUUCUCUCAGAGAUCACCUCCGAGACCUCAGCUCCCAGCUCAAUGACACCGCAGACCUGGUCCUGGAGCUCAGGAGAAAACUCAAUGCCAAAACCAGCGAGUCUGAGGGGGCAGCAGGCGAGCAGGUCCUCGAGCUGCAGAAGGCCCUGCAGGACUCCCAGAAGCAGCUGAGGAUGGCGGAGGAGGACUUUGAGAGGGAGAAGCGUAAGAUGAUGCAGCAGCUGAUGGAGCUGGAGGAGCUGGCUCUGGCUCUGGAAGGCAUCGUGGAUCCGACCAGUCCACACAGGACUCAGCUGGAGGAGGUCCGGUCAGAGAACACAGCUCUCCAGGAGAGACUCGGCAUCCUGCAGCAGGAAGUCCACAAAAUGGAGGACGACGUCGCCAAGAAGAGGAGGAAACUGGAGGAGAAGCACAGAGAACAUGAGAGGAGCAGAGAAGAAGAAGAGAGGCUGCACAGAGAGAACUCCAAAUACCGUGAGGAGGUUCUGGACCUGAGCAGCAGAAACCUGCAGCUGAGCACUGACAACGCCGAGCUGAGCGCCCGUCUCCGUGGAGACCAGGAAUCGGUGCGUAUGCUGCAGGAGCGCCUAGCAGCGGUUUCUAAGGAGCAGGAGGAGGAGCAAGAGAAGGUGCGGCGGCUGCAGGAUGAAGCGCUGCAGCAUGAGAGGGAGAAGCUGCAGUCUCAGGCGUCCUGGACGCAGGAGAAACAGCUGCUGGAGAAAGAGCUCAGCACCUCCAAGAAGAAGUUGGAGAGCCAGGCGGCGCUGGAGGCGGAGCUUAGCUCUGUGACUCUGAAGCUGCAGUGGGCGGAGGAGGACAAGGCCAAACUGCUGAGAGACGUCGACGACCGAAACACAAAGGUGGAGAAGCUGCAGCAGAGUCUGUUCUCUUUGGAGUCGGAGGCAGAGCUGCUUCGCUCUCAGCUCACCGCCAUCAAUCAGGAGAAACUCAGCCACGCCCAGGAAGUGACGGAGCUGCAGAGGAAGUUGAAGGACGCUCAGAUCAGGGUGGAGGAGAUGGAGGCUGGUGUCAAGAAGCUGAUGAAGGAGAAGGAGGAGCUUCGACAGGCCCUUGAGGAGCAGGAGGAGCAGGCCUCUGUCACCCUGCAGAAGGAGACACACAAACUUAGAGUCCAGAACCAGGAGCUCCAACACCAGCUUUCAGAGCUGCAGGUGGAAAAUGUGAAGGUUCACAAACUGAGCGAAGAGCAGCAGAAGCUGAAGAGCAGACUGACUGAGGUGGAGGCGGCCCGGACCCAGGCUCAGGACCAGGCGGUGCGAGCGGACGCCGCCCUCAGCGUGGUGCAAGCGCAGCACCUGCGGCAGCUGCAGAAGCUGCAGGAGCAAACGGACGGUGGCUGCAAGGAGCAGAUGGAGUUGCUGCGGGUGCAGCUGGUGGAGGAGCAGACGAGGAGUCAGAAGCUGGAGGAGACCCUGAGGCUGCAGGAGCAGAAGAGCAGCUCUCAGAUCACCAUGAAGCAGGAUCAGUACGAGAAGGCCAUGGCGGCCCUGCAGCAGAGGAUGGAGGACCUGGAGACAAAACUGAAGGGCGUCCGUCUGGUCCUGCAGGAGAAGGUCCAGCAGCUCAAAGAGCAGCUGGCGAAGAACACCAAGUCGAGCGCACUGCUGAAGGACCUGUACUUGGAGAACUCGCAGCUGAUGAAGGCGCUGCAGGUUACCGAGCAGCGGCAGAAACGUGCAGAGAAGAAGAACUUCCUACUGGAGGAGAAGAUCGGGGCUCUCAACAAGCUGCUGAGGGAGAUCGUCCCAGCAUCGCUCGCCACAUAACCACGCCCCUGACACGGAAGCAGGUUCGGCGCGCACAUUCAGGGCUUAGCUUAGCAGGGCGGACACUGAGGCCACACCGAGAAAAGGUGCAACGCUCUAAUCACGAAGCAGCAGUGACGGCCUCCACGUUCUCCAAUCAAGCUUCCAGAUUUCAGGUAGAGGAGGUCCCAACAGGUGGUGGGUGGGGCCUUUGAGUCAUUGCCAUCCUCACCUGCACCGUACUCUGCGUGAUGUUUGUGUCUCCUUACUGAAACUGCUUUCUCUCACUCACACUCACACACACACACACACAGUUGCAGUAUUAACUCGUUUCUGUUUUUGCAUCGUUGGAAUAAAGUUUUAGUCUCUUUCA